AGCAGAUUAAGCAAGCGAACAGCAAACACAUGGAAUUUUAUGACUGGUUACGUUUCGCGUGAGAUUUAUGAAUAAUAGGUUGUAGAAUUUUUGUCGAAAACAUGAAUUUAGAGGUUUUUUUAGAUUUAUGAGAAUAAAUUGUACAAUUUUACACCUAGAUUAUGGGGACAUGGAAAAAUAAAUGUCAAAUUUUGUAAUAUAUGUAAAUUUCAGGAAAAUUGGUAUCUGGGAACAUUAAUUGUGAAUUUCUUUUUACAUAGAUUGUAGAAAUAUAGAUCUCAAGGAAAUAAAUUAGAAGGCCCUCUUGUAUAGAUUUUGUGAAAUUUCUUGUAUGUAUAAAUUUCAAAAAUUUAGCUACUUGGAGAAAUAAGAUAUAAACUUGCUAUGUAAAUUUUAGAAAUAUUGUGGAAUAUAGAUCUAAGAAAAUAAAUUGCUAAUUUCUUUACUCAGAUCCUAGGAGAUAUGAAAGAAUUGCGCGUGGUAUCUUUGAUGGGCAACCCAAUUCUAAAGAAGAUCAAACUGUAUCGCAAGACCAUGAUCUUAAAGUGUAAAAACCUCAAGUAUCUAGAUGACAGACCUGUAUUCCCAAGAGAUCGUGCCUGUGCAGAAGCUUGGAUGCGAGGAGGACCCGAAGAAGAAGCAGCUGAGAGGAAACGCUGGAUCGAGGCGGAGCAGAAGAAAAUCAAUGAUAGCGUGCAAGCCCUGAUAAACAAAAGGAAGCUGUACAAACCGGUCGGGACGUCCGAAAAGGAGGCGGAGGAUAAGAAGAAGACGAAGGAGGACGAAGAAGUAGCCACGACCACGCUUGUCUGCACGAGCGACGAACUGCUCAACUUGGAGAAGAAGAAAAAGUCGGAUGGUACCUCAUCCUCCAACAGCUCGUCCGCGUCCUCGUCAUCGGACGAAGAGGUGGAGAACGCCGAGGUGGAGGAUGAUGGAACUGGGCAAAAAGGAAUCGAGAAAAGUGACGGAAGGAGGCCAAUGGCGGAGGAAGGAAGAACAGCCUCCGGCGAUCUUGGCAAGGAAAUUUUGUUACCCUGGAAAACACAGGUCACGACACGUAAGGAGCCGAAACAGUUAGUAGAAGAGAUUGAAGAAACGAAAGAAUACGUGGCAGGAGACGCAGAACGGAAAAGGUUCGGGACGAAAAUUUUGGACGAUCAACGAUGUAGCGACGAUCUACCAGGUGGUUAUUCUGUUGGAAGAGAACUGGCCCAUUACGAGAAACUUGUCCUGGAGACGACCAACGAGACCGAAAUUACUCCACCGUGCUGUAAGCAGGGGAAGAACGACGAUAGUAAAUUACACACCAAUUCCGAAUACGAUUACCGCGACAAGAAACACUUGGUUGAAAGUCACAAAACGUUUCGAGGAUGCUCUCCUUGCUUGGGCCCUUUCGAUAGUAUCAGUGAAAUUUUACGAGUCACAAAUCGUCAUAAGUUUUUAGAAAUCAAGCUUGACAUGUUCGAAAUUGGUAGACAAUGGAUAAACUGCAAAUUCAUACCUAUAUGCCUUGUGUUUUUGUGUAUUACGCGCAUUCUAUGCAUUUUUGCGCUUCUUAAUUUCCCUGAAGAAAAAUCAUUUAAGGAUUCGUCGGUUUGUUGUAAUAUUUUGGACUGGUCGAAUGGCGGAAACAAGAAAGAAGGGAAUAUUGUAAAUAACAUGAAGGAUAAACCUGUAUGUAAAGAUAUCCUGGACAAUUAUCGUAGAAAAGACGAACCACAUCCUUUAACCAGUCAACUGAGUAGCAUCAGAGAAGACAUGAAAGAGUUCUGCGCUGAUGUGGAUAAAUUUAUGGAAGACAAUAAGAUUGUUUUUAAAAAUGGAAUCAAAUCUGAUAGAGAUAAUGAAGAAAAAGGAAAGGAUUCGUCGAAUAAAGAAAAAGAUUUUAAAUGGUGGAACACGAAGGAGAGGAAAUUAAAAGUGAAAGAGAUUUUGAAGAGUAGAGAAGAAGAAAGUAAAAGAUCGAGGAAUGUUAAAAAGAUCGAAAUUAUCGAGGAUGUGGCAGAAAAAAUUUCAGAAGCUUCAAAUAAGGAAGAAACUAAAGAAAAUAAGGAAGUUUCAUCUUCGCAAAGUGUUUACGAUUUAUUAAAUCUAAAAACAUGUCCCACGAUUCAAUUGAGCAAUGUAAAAUCUUAUCCUAGAAAUGAAGAUGCUUCUAUGUUAUGCGAAUCUGCCAAGAAAGAAGGUAACAAAGAUCGUUCCUCGGGUUUAUUCAAUUCUCUGUUCAACGAGAUGGAGUAUAGAGAUUCGAGCAAUAAGCGUGAAAAAAUGUCCAAGUCCAUUAGUUCUCACGAAUUGCUGACUAUAGAAGAAGCAGAGGAGGCUGUCGAAGAAACAGCGCGGUCAUCCAGUUGUACUGAUAUAAUUCUUUCAGAUCAAGAGAACUUUCAGAAGAAAUCUGUUCGUAUAGAAAUCACGGGUGCAGAUCCUGUGAAUGCCACAUUGCUCGAUGAGGACGAAGAAUCAGAGAGUGAAUCUGUGAAAACUGUAAUUAACAAUUACGAAGAAAUUAACGAGAAAGGAGAUACAAGAACAAAUAUCGUAAAAGAAAAUAAUUCUGAAUGUGUUUCUGAUAGUUCAAGCGUUACUGAAGUGCAAAACAAAAUGCAACAGCUAGAUACCACGUUCGACGGUACUAUAUCUUCGAGCGUUGAGAAGUCUAGCCAAUCAUCCAAAUCGCAUAAAAGAUCGCGAGAUUGCGAAUAUCUGGAUGUAGUUAGCAAAAAGUCCCAUCUAAUCGAAGAAGUGGAUAUUGAAAAAGACAGGAGCGAUGAAAGAACGACCGGUGAAGUGUUUGAAAAGUGUAGACGGCAUUUCAUGAAGGAGGCAAAGAAGUUUGUAAAAAAGGAAUCGCCUCUGAUCAACCAGUGCAUAGAGAGCUUGAUAACAAACAGAAAUUCAGAGGGAAAUUGGAAGAUACAGAGAAAUCAAGAGGAUUUCUUAAGUUUUACAACUGCGAACUUAAACCCUGAUUUUCAUUGUGGGAAAAGUUCGGUUAAUUCGGAGAAGAAAAUGAUUUCUUCGCGUGAACAAUCUCUCGUGAAGCCGAAAAGCAUUUCGAGCGUUCAAAAUUUCGAAGAUGAUGGAGCAAGUACGAAAAAAUCGGAUUCGUGUACUGAUCGACGAUCAGAAAUGGCGUCGAUUACCCAGCUUCUAAACCAAUCUCAUAACUUCGAGAAGCAUUCGUCAAAUACAUGUACUGAUCUCUACCAAGAAUUCUGCAAUCAUUUGGAUCAGAUGAACAGUAAAAGAAAGCUUCUAAUCGAGCCAGAUUUCGUAAAAAAUAGCAGGGUAAUUGGCAACGAACAGACAGACGACCUUCUAUCGUCAAGGGAGACCAAACAGUCGAAAGAAGAACAAACAAAACCAUUGAUCGAGGAGAUUUCAGGAAAUUCAACAAACGUAGACGAAUUAGAAAAACUUGAAGAACUAUCUGUUCAUCUCGAAGAUCUUGGAAUGGACGCAGCGUUUAAGGAUAAGAUAUUAAAGAGCAUAAGUGCUCCAAAAACUGAGGAGCAGAGAAAAAGAGCAAAAAAGUCGGCCGAGAAGUUGAUGAAGACUUCCAGAGAAGCAAUGGCGAAAGGAAAAUCUUUGCUAGAUCAGUCUUCCCCUGUCAGUGAUCAGAAAAAGGAUCUUGAUCAUAGUAGGAGAUUUUUCAUGAACCUGUUAGCAGACGUUUUGGAGGAAAAUAAGCAUAAGGACGUUGAUCCCACGAAGAGUAUCGAUGAAAAAUCUGAAUCAGGUUCAAUCACGGAAACAGUUUCAGAUAUUUCGAAGGACACUGUUGUAAAAAUAGAAGAAGCUGCAAGAUUAUCGUCGGUUGAUAAUAACAGGAGUCAAGGUGGUGAAAUUCUUGAUACACGGAGGGAAAACGUUGGUAGAGCGAGGAAAAGUUUGGAAAUGCAGAUGGUUCAGGAAAACUGAAGGAAGAUCGAAACUGAAACACACAAAGCUUUGAGAAAAUGUUAGUAUUUAGAAAAAAGAAAAUCUGAAAAUAAUUGACUUUUCAUAUAUCAUGAAAGAAGAAAAAAAAAUCGUAGACUCUGUAAGUUAAGUUGUACGACUGUAUUUCUGUUACUUUGUAUUCAAGUAAACGAAUUAUUACGUUCCAACUAUUUGUGCAUCGAAAAAAAGUCUAAAAUCGAGUUUAAAAAUCAGAUUUCGAUCCAUCUCUAAAAAGAAAAAAGAAAAUAUGGUAAACAUUUCACGAGAAGAAUAAUCUAAACGAUGGAUAGCAAAGUUAGACGGACCUUCUACU